CAUCGGCAAGACCGGUCGCUGCGUCAUCUUCUUCCUCAAAAGAAUUAAUAAUCCUCGUCUUCCGAGAUCAUAUCCUAGCCUAUACAUCAGGAGAUCGAGGAGACGACAAUGGGAGAGGAGUCGCACGACAAGGAUUCAUACAGCUUCUCAAUUGGGAUGAUUGGAGGGCACAACAACAAAUACAAUAACAAUCAUGGCCAGGGAAAGCCUUCCAAGCAGCAGCAAGGAGGGGAAGGGGUUGGGAUUGGGCACAACAAUAUCAACAACAAUCCUCCGCAGCAGGGACCGUAUCCACCUGGGGCGUUCUCAUAUGCAUACGCAUACUCCCCUGCACCAUACCCAUAUCCUCCAUCGUAUAACCCAUAUGCACACCCCCUUCCAAAGCAAUCACCGCAACUGGGUGUGGGUGUGGGUGUGGGUGGUGGCCACCCUCCUCCUCAAUAUGGUCAUGGGUAUGGGGCAUACCCGCUUCCCCCUCCCCCUCCACAACAAUCGCAAUCGUAUGGUGGCGGGUACCUCAACUGGAUAUGGUUUCUCAUGGGCAUGGGCAUGGGGAUGGGGCAUACUCAUCCCCUUCCCCUCCACAACAAUUGCAUGACUAUAAUUAUCAUGGCCAGUAUCCCUAUCCUAUACAAGGAGGUUAUGGGAGCCACGGUGGGGGGCACAUGGGCAUGGGAUUGAUAGCUGGAGGCGCAGCCGCCACCGGAGCUGCUGUCUAUGGAGCGUACCAUCUCGUUCGCGGACAUGGUGGUGGUUACGGCCAUGGCCAUGGCCACUAUGGCAAGUUCAAGCAUGGCCAUGGCAACCACGGCAAGUUCAAGCAUGAUGAGCAAGGCAAGUUCGUGCCAAAUCGUCCAUCAGAUUGAGGACAUGAGCUACAAGCUCCCCAGCCCCGAUGGAUUUGGAUGCCUCUGGUGUAGGCUUCCUUUCCACUUACAGGGCUGUUCACUGUUGUUGGGAAAAUAAAGUCUCUGCCUUUGCGAUCCAUGCAUUUACUACUGUACUAUAUAUAUUUAGCAGGGUGAUCAUAUCAUCGUUCAUCCUACCUCUAUCUAUAUAUAUUUCUGCACCACUCUAGCUAGUAGUUUGUGUCCGAGCUGGGCGACGAGAUGGUUUGCUAAUAUAUAAUUAAGCACGGAGCUGAAUAAUAUAGCCUUGUGUUGGUAUAUACCGUACCCUA